AUUUCCUUAGUAACUUUUAAGUUGGUAUUAACUCAUCUCUGCUUUCCACCAAAUUUGACAACCGGACUAAAGUGACGUGUAAAAAACAUACAAGAGAAUUUAUUUAAUUUACUUUAGAAAUGAGUUCUUUUAGGAGAGAUAAAAAAGAAGACGAAGAUGGGGGUAAUAUGUUUGUUUCCCUUGAAAAAACGACCAUUCUUCAAGAGGCUAGAAAGUUUAAUGAUACCACAGUGAAUCCAAGAAAAUGUACCCCAAUUUUAACAAAAUUAUUAUUCCUUUUGUACCAGGGUGAACUAUUAACUGUUAAAGAAGCAACCGAUGUAUUCUUUGCAAUGACAAAAUUAUUUCAAUCAAAGGAUGUUGUUCUGAGGAGAAUGGUCUACUUAGGAAUUAAAGAAUUAAGCUGCAUUGCUGAUGAUGUAAUUAUUGUAACUUCCAGUUUAACAAAAGACAUGACUGGUAAAGAGGAUAUAUACAGACCUGCUGCAAUAAGAGCCUUGUGCAGUAUUACUGAUGCAACAAUGUUGCAAGCCAUUGAAAGAUACAUGAAACAAGCCAUUGUUGAUCGCAACUCUGCAGUCAGCUCAGCUGCUCUUGUUAGUUCUUUGCAUUUAACUAAAUUGGCUCCUGAUGUAAUUAAGAGAUGGGUAAAUGAAGCCCAGGAAGCAAUAAACAGUGAUAAUAUUAUGGUGCAGUAUCAUGCUCUUGGAUUGCUGUAUCAUAUCAGGAAAACUGAUCGUCUUGCUGUUACUAAACUAGUUGCAAAAUUGACCAAAAUGUCACUUAAAUCUCCAUAUGCUGUUUGUAUGUUGAUUCGCAUUACCGCCAAACUGCUUGACGAGGAAGAAUCGCUUAACGACACUGCAAUGAUUGAAUUUAUGGAGUACUGUCUUCGCCACAAAUCCGAAAUGGUUGUUUACGAGGCCGCCCACGCUAUCGUAAACUUGAAAAGAACAACUAGCAGAGAACUGGCACCUGCAAUAAGCGUUCUGCAACUGUUCUGCGGAAGCGCGAAACCCACUUUAAGAUUCGCCGCUGUAAGAACAUUAAAUCAAGUUGCCAUAACGCAUCCGUCUGCAGUAACAGCUUGCAAUUUGGAUUUAGAGAAUUUGAUCACUGAUUCCAACCGGUCGAUUGCUACCUUGGCCAUUACUACGUUAUUAAAAACUGGUGCCGAAUCGUCAGUAGACAGGCUCAUGAAGCAAAUCGCCACGUUUGUUUCUGAAAUCAGCGACGAGUUUAAGGUGGUUGUCGUGCAGGCAAUUCGUGCGUUGGCACUUAAAUUUCCAAGAAAACACAGCGUGCUUAUGAACUUCUUGUCUGCCAUGCUUAGAGAGGAAGGUGGUUUGGAAUACAAAGCAUCUAUUGCUGAUACAAUUAUUACAAUAAUUGAAGAUAAUCCAGACGCAAAGGAAACUGGACUUGCACAUUUGUGCGAGUUUAUAGAAGAUUGCGAACAUUUUUCAUUGGCUGUAAGAAUUUUGCACUUGUUGGGCAAAGAAGGACCAAAAACUAAACAACCAUCAAGAUACAUUAGAUUUAUUUACAACAGAGUAAUUUUGGAAUGUCCUUCCAUCAGAGCUGCUGCAGUUUCUUCCAUGGCUCAGUUUGGUGCUUCCUGUCCUGAUUUACUAGAAAACAUACAAGUUUUGCUUGCCCGUUGUCAAAUGGAUUCCGACGAUGAAGUCAGAGAUCGCGCCACAUACUACAGCAACAUUCUAAGCAAACAGGAUAAAAGCUUGUAUAAUAACUAUGUUUUGGAUACUUUACAGGUUUCUAUUCCAUCCUUGGAAAAAAGUUUAAGAGAAUACACACAAGGUUCUACCAAUCAACCUUUUGAUAUGAAGUCUGUGCCCCUCCAGGCUAUACCUACCUCACGCGAAGAAGAACACCACAAACAUAAGCCAGAUGGUAUGCUGGUUAGCGCUGGACCAAUUAAAGCUGCUGUUUCCAAUAAACAAGUCAACUAUGCAGAAAAGAUAUCUGAACUUCCGGAAAUUUUGGAUAUGGGUUCGUUAUUUAAAACAUCAGAAGUUGUGGAACUUACCGAAUCUGAGACGGAGUACUUUGUGCGCUGCAUCAAGCACUGCUACGCUAAGCACAUGGUGCUUCAAUUUGAUUGUUUAAACACCCUUAGUGAUCAAUUACUCGAAAAAGUUAAAAUUCAGGUGGAUCCCAGCGAGGGUUACAGGGUGGUCCAGGAAUUUCCUUGCCCCAAAUUGCCUUACAACGAAACAGGAACUGCUUAUGUUGUUGUUGAGUUCCCUGAAGAGGAUUUGGUUGGUACUGUAGGUACCUUUGGAGCAGUGAUGAAGUUUGUUGUCAAAGAUUGUGAUCCUACCACGGGCUUGCCAGACACUGAUGAGGGUUAUGAUGAUGAAUACAUGCUGGAAGACCUAGAAAUUACCUUGGGCGACCAAAUCCAAAAAGUAAGUAAAGCAAACUGGCAAGUGUCUUGGGAAGAAGCAGAAAAAUCAUUCGAAGAAAGAGAAGAUACCUACUCGCUAAGCACAUUCAACUCUUUGGAAGAAGCCGUUAAAAACAUCGUGCAAUACUUGGGUUUGCAACCCUGCGAACGCAGCGAUAAGGUUCAAGAGGGCAAAACCACUCACACGUUACUUUUGGCCGGUGUUUAUAGAGGUGGAUACGAGGUUUUGGUGAGAGCAAAACUGGCGCUAUCUGAAGGUGUAACCAUGCAGCUGACUGUUAGAUCAGCCGAUGCAGAAGUGGCGGAAUUAAUUACUGCUACUGUAGGUUAGGUUAGUAAUAAUUAUUAAUUAUUAAUAAUGUAUUAUUUUAUAGUUAUUGUUUUAUGUAUUCCUAAAUUUAUUUCUUAUUAAUAUAGAUUUUAACAGUUA